AUGAAGGAUGACCUGGACUAUGGCUAUGACCAUGGCUGUGGCUAUGGUAACUCUGGACAUGCCUGCUACCACCCAUGUUACUCUGGAAGAUACUGGGGUUCUGGCUGGUAUUAA